UGCCCCAUAGACGCCCGCGGGGCUCGCAGUUUCAGUCCUCCGUCUGUUUCCCGCCUGCCGGGGUUUUGGUUCCGCAAUCAUGGUGGACGUAAUGGAGUUGCCCAAGUCGCGUAUCAACGCCAGCAUGCUAGCUCAGUUCAUCGACCAGCCCGUCUGCUUCGUAGGGAAGCUGGAAAAGGUGUGCGGGCUCUCUGUGCUGGGUUCCCGGUCCGUAGCCGGAGGGAGGGACCUGGGAACCGCCGAGGUGGCAGACUCAGAGUGGCUUGAUGAAGAAAUCUCUGGAAUUGUGGAAGUAGUUGGAAGAGUAACAGCCAAAGCAACAAUCAUGUGUGCAUCUUAUGUCCAGUUUAGAGAAGAUAACCAUCCUUUUGAUCUUGGACUUUACAAUGAAGCUGUGAAAAUUAUCCAUGAGUUCCCUCAGUUUUUUCCUUUAGGGGUUGUGCAAUAUGAUUGAUCUUGUGAAUUUUCUUAUGAUUGCAAAUGAGCUACAUCGAAGACUAUAGGGAGGCCUCUCUUAUUUGAGGGAGA